AUGGCGUUCCUAUCUACCCUCCGAUCCGGCGGAAGGAGCAUCCUUAACUGGUUGUCCUUCUCGAACGACAAGACCCCGGCCCAAAACGAAAAGAACCAGCCCGGUAAAUGGGCGAAAGGAGGUUGGAAGGAGCUACAAGACGACGCCGAUUUAAACGCAGAGAGCGAGAUCACUUUGAAAGAGCCUGAAGAGGGCUGGAUAAAAGCAGCGAAGCAAGAAGGAGCCGAAGCCAAAGCCGAACAACUCUCCAUCGACGAUCUAGUCGACCUCUUCAAGCUAAAGCGAUUCACCGGACCCAUCGUCGACAUCACAGAUGAAGAACUCAUCGAUCUGCCGCAGGAAUACUACCACGAGUUCGACUUCGCCCCCGACGACAGCCCCGUUCUCGAGCUCGAACGCGCCGCUAUCCUGAUGUACGGCAUGGUCCACGAGGCGGCGAGCGUGGACGAAGGGAUGAAACCCAAUGACCAGUGCUCCUAUGCAACAGAGAGCACCCUGGGCAUCAUCCUGAAGCGUCGUGGUGAGCCAGUGGAGGUGGAGAGCCAGGCGGACAUUGUGUGUUGGCGUGAGAGUGCAGGCAGGGGCACGGGCCGGGGCUUGGUUGUCACGGGGACGGAGGAAAACACGCAGGGGCUGGAUGCGAGGGUCGAGUGUGUUGCGCAUAUGGCAACGUUCCUCCGCACGAAGAAACUCAAGAAGGCUGUCAUGUACGGCUUCGCCUUGGUAGAUGAGGAAUACGUUAUUCUUAUGAGGCUCGACGCAAAGGGGAACUUGACCGAAUGGCGCCCUGCCUUCGCCCCGACAUCCACUAAUAGACGCGAGUUCUUUGCUAUCUCGCGUCUCUUUGGGCGCCUUGUCUUUGGUAUGGCGAGGGAUGAGGCGCCCAGGGUCCCGGGUUUGGGGUUGGCUGCGAGGAUUCGCGGGUUCUUCGAUUGGAGGCGGAUGGUCUGCAUGUAG